UGGCCAUUCGGUAAAGUUUGGUGCAACAUAUACGUAACUUGUGAUGUAUUAGCAUGCUCAUCGAGUAUUUUACAUAUGAGCUUUAUAAGCCUGGGGCGAUAUAUGGGUAUACGGAAUCCAUUAGGUUCGAGAAACCAUUCGACUAAACGUAUAGCUGGAAUGAAAAUCGGAAUCGUAUGGGUGAUGGCGAUGAUUGUAUCCAGUUCAAUUACUGUACUAGGUAUACUUGACGUACUGAAUAUUAUGCCGAAGCCCGAUAAAUGCGUGAUUAACAAUCGAGCAUUUUUUGUGUUUGGUUCGCUGGUUGCUUUUUAUGUGCCGAUGCUGGUGAUGGUGGCAACGUAUUCUCUGACUGUUCGACUGCUAAGUAAAAAAGCUAAAUUUGCUAUUCAACAUCCGGAAGGAGAAAUAUUUCGCAGAUACGCUGUUAAACCGCAACAACCGCAACAGCUGCAGCAACAGUCCCAGCAACAAGAUCAUCAAAUCAGCUGCACGAGCACAAGUUCCCAGAGUGCAUCGGCAAUGGAAAGUGGAAACGUUCUGUGUCAACGCAGACCGUCCAUGAUGCAAUCGCAAUCGCAGCAAACGAUUUGUUGGCGAACACAAGGAGUGAAUACCAUAUCAGAGCGGUAAGAAAAAGUGAAAAUUUUCUCAUUAG